AUGCGGACGCCAAAAGUACCCGACCCAAAGGCAGAUGCACGGCAAGUUUUCCAGGUUCUCAAACAUGGCGGAAUAGCGAUCAUCCCUAUGGACGUGGGCUACGGGAUUAUAGCCAUCGAACAGCGGGCAUUGACCUGCAUCGUAAAGGCCAAAAGACGAGAUCCAGACAAGCGCCAAGCCGUGAUCGGCAGCUACUUACUACAUCGUGAGAUACAUGCUCUGCCGACUCGAGAGGCCGACAUCGCCAGGUUGUUGACGGUGGAUUUGAACCUUCCCCUCGGUGUUGUGGCACCGUACCACUUCGAUCAUCCGAUCAUCCAACGAAUACCCUCUGAUGUUCUAGAGAAAGGUGUGAUGAAUGGCACCUUGGCGAUGUUGAUGAAUGCAGGCGAACUAGCCGAAGAGGUAUCCCUGCUCGCUUCGAAAGAGGGUCAUCUUGUAAUGGGAUCCUCUGCCAAUAUCACCGGCGCGGGAAGCAAGAUCACGGUGGAAGACAUCGAGCCUGAUAUCUUACGGGUGGCUGAUAUUAUUGUCGAUUACGGAAAGCAGAAAUUUCACUAUCCCCGGCCUUCAUCUACCAUGAUCGACUUUAGGAACAUAGAGGUUCUGCGAUAUGGAGCCUGCUACGAUGUGAUACAAGAUGCUCUCUGGCGGUUUUGUGGCAUCAAAGUGCCUGAUGACCCAGUCCCGUGA